AUGAGGAAAAAAAGUUCAGUGCUGCAGGCUUCGUCCAAAGCAAUUGACCCCACCCUCGACGCCUUGUUUGCCAGCAGUUCGGGACCUGUCCAAGCUCCCUCGACGUCUCGGUACUCUGCGUUGCUGGAGCCGAAGGCUCGCGAAGCCCCCGAGUCAGCAGCCGAAACUGAAAACAGCGAAGACGAUGACGCGGCGGAGGAUGACGAGGAGUCGUCAGAAACUGGCGAAGAAUUAGACUAUGACGACGACGAGGAUGUCGAAGACCAAUCAUCAAGUAAUGAGGACAGUGGUGGUGAGGAGUGCGAGGACGAAAAUGAUGAAGACGUGGUAGAAAAAGAGGGGGAUAUUGCCAUGGCCGAAGUUGAAGACCGAGCUUCUGGGGCGGGGGAAGUUGGGAAUCGACCCAGACGUGAGCGGAAACGAAAAAGAAAGGAUGACGACGACGACCUGGAAGCGAAGUACAUGGUCAAUUUGACAAAGGGUGACAGAGAGGAACCACCAGACAAGCGACGAAAAGCAGACGAGGAGAACGAUGCGGGCGAAGACGACGUGAUUCCGGUCCAUGAAACCGUGGCACAAGAAUCUACAGACUCAGACCUCGAAAAGGCGUCGCGAACAGUCUUUCUUGCCAACGUCUCAACGGAAGCCAUUUCCUCCAAAGCUGCCAAGAAGACCCUCAUCGCCCACCUCUCGUCUGCCCUGGAUCCUCACGAUCUGCCCACUCAAAAAAUGGAAUCCAUUCGCUUCCGAUCUGUCGCCUUCUCUACGGGCUCCAUGCCCAAAAGAGCAGCCUACAUCACAAAGUCUCUCAUGGGAGCCACGACCAAGUCCACCAACGCCUACGCCGUCUUCUCCACCCCGGCUGCCGCCAGACUCGUCGCCUCCAGGCUCAACGGCACCGAAGUCCUCGGCCGCCACAUUCGCGUAGACAACGUUGCACACCCCAGUCCAACAGACCACCGCCGGUGCAUAUUCGUCGGCAACUUGGGCUUCGUCGAUGACGAAACGGUCGUCAGUACCAACGAGGACGGCGAAAAGGUUGAGAAGAAGCGCACCAAGCUUCCGUCCGACGUCGAAGAAGGCCUCUGGAGAACGUUCAGCAAGACGGGCAAGGUUGAAAAUGUGCGUGUCGUUCGUGAUUCCAAGACCAGGGUCGGCAAGGGAUUCGCAUACGUCCAAUUCUACGACGCAAACGACGUCGAGGCCGCUCUCCUUUCCGACGGCAAGGCAUAUCCCCCCAUGCUCCCCCGCAAACUCCGCGUCACCAGAGCCAAGGACCCUCGCAAGACUGCCCGCACACAGGAACGCGCCCAGGCAAAGGCCGUCGCGGCCCACAGCAAGGCCCGCAACACAAAGUAUACGCCGAAAAUGACGCCCGAGCAACAAGCUGCCGCCGGACGAGUAAACAGGCUCCUCGGCCGCGCGGGAGCCUUUCUGCACCGCAAGAAAUCAGGCAGCUCCGGCGCCAACGGCACGUCGAAACAAAAGGUCGUGUUUGAGGGGAAUCGCGCGUCGUCCAAGGAUGGAAGACACAAGGAUUUGAAACUUGGUAGAAGGGGCAAGGGCAGGCCUAAGAGCCGAGCGGCAAGCAGAGCAGCGCAGUGGUGA